UAUACAUUCAAAGACUUAUUAUACAUUUACCAACUCAACUCUCUCUAACUGCCACCUGUCAGCCAACUCUCAACAUACACAGCUGUACAGCGCGAGCAAUGGAAACAAACAUUUCUUCUGCUUUAAACCCCGACGACCGUUGACAGACAGUACAGAGAGAGAAAGAGUAGAGAGAGAAACCAACACCUGAAGACGUCGCCGUCCGUUUACGUCCCGUUUAUCAACCUAACAACCACGACCCCCACCACCACCACCACCUUUGUUUGCGAGUCAACUCUCUGUUCGCUCCGCCUUCAUUGACCGAGUCAUCGACUACACCGAGUCGCCACCACAGCCUCUAUUUGCUCACUCGCACAAUCAAACCAACAAAGCACAUUUGAAUCUGAUAAUCUACUCAUCUGCUAAGUCUAUACCUUCACACUUUUGAUUGCUUAAGGGUUUUGAGAGUGGUUUUAGUGUAAUCUGUAUUAUUCACAAGAUGAUGGUUUCGAGAGGCUUGUUCGGGUGGUCGCCGCCACACAUACAGCCGCUGACGCCGGUCUCGGAGGUGUCGGAGCCUCCGGAGUCUCCAUCGCCGUACCUCGAGUCGAGCAUCGAGGCGGUGCCGGUGGAGGUGGACGAGGAGAUCGAGGACGCCGAGGAGAUCGAGCCACCCCCUGAGGCCGCGCCGUUCUCGCGGCUCUUUGCCUGCGCCGAUCGCUUCGAUUGGGUCUUGAUGGUGUUCGGAUCGCUGGCGGCGGCAGCUCACGGGACUGCACUGGUUGUUUACUUGCAUUACUUCGCGAAAAUUAUUCAUUUGUUAGGGCACCAUCGGCCGGUGGAAGAGGAUGAGCUGUUUCACAAGUUCACGGAGCUUGCUUUGACCAUUGUUUAUAUUGCCGCGGGUGUUUUUGCAUUUGGUUGGAUUGAGGUGUCAUGUUGGAUUCUUACUGGAGAACGACAGACUGCCGUGAUCAGGUCAAAAUAUGUUCAAGUUUUACUUAACCAGGACAUGAGCUUUUUUGAUACAUAUGGGAACAAUGGAGAUAUUGUGAGCCAAGUAUUAGGUGAUGUGCUGCUCAUCCAGUCUGCUCUUAGUGAAAAAGUUGGAAAUUAUAUUCACAACAUGGCUACCUUUUUCAGUGGCCUGGUGAUUGGAUUUGUCAACUGUUGGCAGAUUGCCUUGAUAACUUUAGCCACAGGCCCAUUUAUUGUUGCUGCAGGAGGAGUAUCAAAUAUAUUUCUUCAUAGGCUUGCUGAGAAUAUUCAAGAUGCAUAUGCUGAAGCAGCAAGCAUUGCUGAACAGGCGAUCUCUUAUAUUAGAACCUUAUAUGCAUUUACAAACGAAACAUUGGCCAAAUAUUCUUAUGCAACUUCGCUACAAGUGACACUGAGAUAUGGUAUAAUGAUAAGUCUUGUGCAAGGACUUGGACUUGGAUUUACGUAUGGGCUUGCUAUUUGUUCUUGUGCCUUGCAACUUUGGGUUGGAAGGUUCCUGAUUAUACAUGGAAAAGCGCAUGGUGGUGAAAUUAUUACAGCUCUGUUUGCCAUUAUUUUAAGUGGCCUUGGGUUGAAUCAAGCGGCAACAAACUUCUAUUCAUUUGAGCAAGGGAGAAUUGCUGCUCAUAGACUUUUUGAUAUGAUAAAGCAUUCAUCCUCUACUGUUAAUCAAGAUGGAACUACUCUAGUUUCAGUACAAGGAAACAUCGAGUUUCGAAAUGUAUAUUUCAGCUAUCUCUCCCGUCCUGAAAUUCCAAUCUUGAGUGGGUUUUACCUCACUGUACCUGCUAAAAAGGCUGUGGCACUUGUUGGCAGAAAUGGCUCUGGAAAAAGCAGUAUUAUACCGCUCAUGGAACGGUUUUAUGACCCUAACUUAGGUGAAGUCCUUUUGGAUGGAGAAAAUAUUAAGAACUUGAAAUUGGAAUGGCUAAGAAGCCAAAUUGGUUUGGUCACCCAGGAACCUGCCUUGCUAAGUUUGAGUAUUAGAGACAAUAUUGCUUAUGGGCGGUCAGACGCUACUUCGGAUCAGAUUGAAGAAGCUGCUAAAAUAGCGCAUGCACAUACAUUUAUUAGCUUGCUUGAAAAUGGAUACGAGACACAGGUGGGUAGGGCUGGUUUACCACUGACAGAAGAACAGAAAAUAAAACUUUCCGUGGCAAGGGCUGUUCUUUCCAGUCCAUCUAUUCUUCUUCUUGAUGAGGUUACCGGUGGACUUGACAUUGAAGCUGAAACAUCUGUUCAGGAGGCUCUAGAUCUCCUGUUGUUAGGAAGAUCAACUAUAAUUAUUGCUCGACGGCUUAGUCUUAUAAAAAAUGCUGAUUACAUUGCGGUGAUGGAGGAAGGUCAACUAGUUGAAAUGGGUACACAUGAUGAAUUAAUAACCACAGAUGGUUUAUAUGCAGAACUUCUUAGAUGUGAAGAGGCAGCAAAACUUCCUAGGAGGAUGCCAAUGAGGAACUAUAAGGAAACUUCUGCUUUUCAAAUUGAAAAAGAUUCAUCCACAGGUCACAGCUUCCAAGAACCAUCAUCUCCUAAACUAAUCAAAUCACCAUCUCUUCAGAGAGUUUCUUCCCUCCAUGUAUUUCGACCUACGGAUGUUACAUUCAACUCACAAGAAUCACCAAGACUUCAUAGCCCACCAGAACAAAAGGUGGAAAAUGGUGGGCACUUGGGUGCGACGGAUAAGGAACCAUCUAUAAGAAGGCAGGACAGUUUUGAGAUGCUGCUGCCAGAGUUACCAAAGAUUGAUGUUCAGUCUACGCACAGACAAACAUCCAAUGGUUUAGAUCCUGAAUCCCCCGUUUCACCACUCCUGACAUCUGAUCCACAAAAUGAACGUUCUCAUUCACAAACUUUUAGUCGACCAUAUAACCAAUCUGACGACAUACCAAUGAAAACGAAGGAAGCAAAGGAUACACAAUGUCAGGAAGCGCCAUCAUUUUGGAGGCUUGUAGAGCUUAGCUUUGCAGAGUGGCUUUAUGCUGCUUUAGGAAGCAUUGGUGCCGCUAUCUUUGGGUCUUUUAAUCCGCUUCUUGCUUAUGUUAUUGCGCUAAUAGUUACAGCAUAUUAUAGAGAGAAUGAAAAUCAUAAUAGCCUACGACAGGAAGUAGACAAAUGGUGCUUAAUCAUUGCCUGCAUGGGUAUUGUGACAGUGGUUGCCAAUUUUCUGCAGCACUUUUACUUUGGUAUAAUGGGGGAGAAAAUGACUGAACGAGUAAGGAGAAUGAUGUUCUCAGCAAUGUUGCGCAGUGAAGUUGGAUGGUUUGAUGAAGAUGAGAAUGGUGCUGACACCUUAUCCAUUCGUUUAGCAAAUGAUGCUACGUUUGUGAGAGCUGCUUUUAGCAACCGGCUUUCUAUAUUUAUACAAGACAGUGCAGCUGUUGUUGUGGCUGUUCUUAUAGGGAUGUUACUACAGUGGCAAUUGGCACUAGUGGCUUUGGCAACCCUACCCAUUCUUACUGUUUCUGCUAUUGCCCAGAAAUUGUGGCUUGCUGGAUUCUCCAAAGGCAUACAGGAGAUGCACAGGAAGGCAUCUUUGGUCCUUGAGGAUGCAGUUAGAAACAUCUACACUGUUGUUGCUUUCUGUGCUGGUAACAAAGUCAUGGAGCUUUACAGAUUGCAAUUACAGAAAACAUUCAGACAGAGCUUCCUACAUGGAAUGGCAAUUGGUUUUGGCUUCGGCUUCUCGCAGUUCCUUCUUUUUGCCUGCAAUGCUCUUCUUCUCUGGUACGCUGCACUUUCUGUUAAAAAUCAAUACAUGGAUCUACCAACGGCUAUUAAGGAAUACAUGGUGUUCUCUUUCGUGACAUUUGCACUUGUGGAGCCCUUUGGCUUGGCGCCCUAUAUACUUAAACGACGGAAGUCUCUUACUUCAGUAUUUGAAAUUAUAGAUCGAGUGCCUAAGAUUGACCCAGAUGAUACCUCGGCAUUGAAACCCCCUAAUGUCUAUGGAAGUAUUGAGUUAAAAAAUGUCGAUUUUUCUUAUCCAACUCGUCCAGAAAUGUUGAUAUUGAACAAUUUCAGUCUUAAAGUCAAUGGGGGACAAACUGUAGCCGUGGUGGGAGUUUCAGGGUCUGGGAAGAGCAGUAUAAUAUCUUUGAUAGAGAGAUUUUAUGACCCAGUUGCUGGUCAGAUUUUGCUGGAUGGACGAGAUUUAAAACUUUUCAACUUGAGAUGGUUGAGGAACCACCUUGGUCUUGUUCAGCAGGAACCAAUCAUCUUUUCAACAACCAUUAGGGAAAACAUCAUAUAUGCAAGACAUAAUGCAAGUGAAGCUGAGAUGAAAGAGGCAGCAAGAAUCUCAAAUGCUCAUCGUUUUAUCAGUGGCUUGCCUCAUGGUUAUGACACACAUGUGGGGAUGAGGGGCGUUGAUCUAACCCCAGGACAGAAACAAAGGAUUGCAAUUGCUCGGGUUGUGCUUAAGAAUGCACCCAUUUUGUUAUUGGAUGAAGCAAGCUCAUCCAUCGAGUCAGAGUCAAGCCGAGUGGUGCAGGAAGCUCUUGACACAUUGGUGAUGGGGAACAAAACAACCAUUCUGAUAGCACAUAGAGCAGCCAUGAUGAAGCAUGUUGACAAUAUUGUACUUCUUAAUGGAGGGCGAAUUGUUGAGGAAGGGACCCAUGAUUCAUUAGUGGCAAAGAAUGGUUUGUACCUCCGUUUGAUGCAACCUCACUUUGGGAAGGGGGGCUUGCGUCAGCACAGACUUAUUUAGGUGGGGGUUGGUGCUUGAUUAUAAUUCUGGUUGGCACUAUUUGUAAAAUUUUCAAAUUGCUGGAAAUAUUGGACUGCCAGUUCUUAAAAAAUCAGUUGCUGGAUGAGAAUGGCUGAGGCUUCCAAAAACUGUUUAUAUGGGGCUUAGUGCUAGAAGUGGUAGUCGCAUAGCUGCAUUGAUAUAUGGGCAGUGGCUGUUACAGUUACAUUGUGCAAAUUUGGGGUUGACAUAUGGGGUUGGAAAUUCGACAGGCUCUUAAGUUAGAUGCAUAUUCUUUUGGAGGCAAGUAUCAUUGGAUUAUGAUUGUGCUUUGUCUCCAUGGUAUAUUGAUUUGUUAGUUGUAAUAUUCCUAUGAGGUGGCUUCUGUGUCUUUAUUUUUGGGCUCUCUCAUUCAUUUUCUUGCUGUAUAUUUUCUAUUUGUGAAAGGUAUAGAAGAUUUGAAGGACAAAGUGAAGCAUUUGUUAAAACCUGCUUUUGUAUAUAAAGAGAGUAGAUAAUUUAUCA